GGAAAUUUACAGUCUCCUACGUUGGUACCUGGGUUGACUGUCACACUACGGCUGCAUCCAAUCUCUACUUUGGAUUUAAUUGUCUUUAGCCAAGGGGCGGGCUGUGCUGUCAGCUCCACUUCUUGUGACCCGUGUGUGCAUAAAGGCAUUCAGUACAGAGGAAUGGUGACAGCUGAGAGAGAGGAUCACUAUACAUAGUCGCAGCCAUGAAGGAAAUCAUGGCAUCAAAAGAGAAGCUCCAAUGCCUAAAGGAUUUCCAUAAGGACACCCUCAAACCUUCACCCGGGAAGAGCCCAGGCACCCGACCUGAGGAUGAGGCAGAAGGAAAGGUUCCUCAGAGGGAGAAGUGGGCCAGUAAGCUCGACUUUGUCCUGUCAGUGGCCGGAGGCUUUGUUGGAUUAGGAAACGUGUGGCGAUUUCCUUAUCUUUGUUAUAAAAAUGGUGGAGGUGCAUUCCUCAUCCCCUACUUCAUCUUCCUUUUCGGAGGUGGGCUGCCUGUGUUUUUCUUGGAGGUGGCGCUCGGUCAGUACACCUCUGAGGGGGGGAUAACCUGCUGGGCCAAGCUCUGCCCCAUCUUUACUGGUAUCGGCUACGCUUCUAUCGUGAUCGUCUCUCUUCUGAACAUCUACUACAUCGUGAUCUUGGCCUGGGGACUCUACUACCUCUUUCAGUGCUUUCAGCCCGAGCUUCCUUGGGCGAAAUGCAAGCAGCCGUGGAACACAGAACACUGUGUGGAGGACACGAUCCGCAAGAACAAGACCCUCUGGCUGGCGGCCAAUAUUACUAACUUUACUUCCCCAGUCACCGAGUUCUGGGAACGCAACGUCCUCAGUCUCUCCACUGGCAUUGAGGACAUUGGGCCCCUAAAGUGGGACUUAGCCCUGUGUCUCCUGGCAGUGUGGGUUAUCUGCUUCUUCUGUAUCUGGAAAGGGGUCAAGUCCACUGGGAAAGUGGUGUACGUCACAGCAACUUUCCCGUUUGUGAUGCUAAUCAUCCUGCUCGUGCGUGGAGUGACCCUACCUGGAGCAGCUGAGGGCAUAAAGUUUUAUCUUUACCCAGACCUGACUCGUCUCCAGGAUCCAGAGGUGUGGAUUGAUGCGGGAACCCAGAUCUUUUUCUCCUACGCCAUAUGCCUGGGUGCCAUGACGUCCCUGGGAAGCUACAACAAGUACAGAUACAACUGCUACAGGGACUGUUUGCUGCUGGGAGGCCUCAACAGCGGUACCAGUUUUGUGUCUGGCUUCGCAAUAUUUUCCGUCCUGGGCUUCAUGGCACAAGAGCAAGGGGUGGACAUUGCCGAUGUGGCAGAGUCAGGUCCUGGCUUGGCCUUCAUUGCCUACCCUAAGGCUGUGUCCAUGAUGCCACUGCCAACCCUGUGGGCCAUCCUGUUCUUCAUCAUGCUGCUGCUGCUGGGCCUCGAUAGCCAGUUUGUUGAAGUGGAAGGACAGAUCACAUCCAUCGUGGAUCUCUAUCCAUCCGUUCUUAGAAAAGGUUACCGCAGAGAAAUCUUCAUCGCAGGGAUGUGUCUCAUAAGCUAUCUCCUUGGACUUGCAAUGGUAACGAAAGGUGGCAUGUAUGUGUUUCAGCUCUUUGACUACUACGCAGCCAGUGGUGUGUGCCUUUUGUGGGUUGCAUUUUUUGAAUGCAUUGCUGUAGCCUGGGUUUAUGGAGCUGAUAAUUUCUACGAUGCAGUCGAAGACAUGAUUGGCUACAGACCAAACCCGUGGAUGAAAUGGAGCUGGACCAUCAUCACUCCUGUCCUCUGCAUGGGUUGCUUUGUUUUCUCCCUUGUAAAGUACAAACCACUGACCUACAACAAGGUGUAUGAGUAUCCCGAGUGGGCCAUUGGCCUGGGCUGGUGUUUGGCUUUGGCCUCUAUGAUCUGCAUCCCAAUGGUGAUGGUCAUCAAGAUCUUGCAGUCAGAGGGACCUCUCAUAGAGAGGAUCAAGGCAGUGGCGGCCCCGGCAAAGUCAGGCGUGAGCUCUCGCCCGAAAGAGUACAAUUUGAAGAGCAGCGAGCUGACACAGCCUCUGGACCCGAACGGGAACAAUGGCUUGAUCAAGCCCACCCACACCAUUGUAGAAACAAUGAUGUGAGCGCUCUCUGUGAGAGGAAUAAGAUUGAUGUGCUUAUUGUGUUAUUAUAUUUUGCUAACUUUGAUAAGGGUAGGUUUACAUUGUCCAAUAUAUUCGUUUUAGAGAUACCAUGGUUUGAUUUCUAUUAAGAGAUAUAUUUUAUUGUUAUAAUUAUUUUUCUCUUGUAAUUUUUUUUUACUCUACUGACAUUGUUGAUGUUACAAAUGUUGUUGCUGUAGUUCGCACUGAUCUCAGUUAAAGCAGUAUUUUUAAAUAGAACCUGUUCAAUGUUUACUACUUUUCUGUUGAUUCCGAGGAGAUGAGGAAUUCGAAGAAGGCACAGGAAAUACUAUAACUCACUACUCAUGAAUUCAAGUAACAAAGUGGGCAAUUAGAUGAAAAAUGACUGAAAAUAUCUAAAUUAUUCACGUGAUUGUGAUUUCUUAUAUGAAAUGCUCUCAGACUUCAUUUGUUCAGAUCACAAUAGAGACAAUAUGGGACAUAAACUCCUUCAGUUACAUGAUAAACAAGGCCUUGGCUAGACCAAACAAAGAUCCAGCCUAAAAAAAAAAGUCAAAUAUUUUUUAAAAGAAAGAGAAAAAGAGUUGAGAAAGGAAAAGUGAAGAGGCGUUUUUAGAGUAUGUGUAUCCUGCCUCUGUGACUACUUAGUCAGCCCCAGUGCAUUUAUUGAAACCUCUCUUUGCACUUUAUGUCGUAUCACCUUUAAUGUAGAAUUUGCUCUUAUUUAAGAGGAAAUGUUUUUAGCUUUUAACUUUUUGAUAUUAACUUUGACACAGAGCAUCUAGUUUUCUGCCCGCUAAAAAUAAUGACAGGAUGGAGUAGGACUAUCUCAAAUACUCAGAUUUUUAAAAUUAUUAGCGGGCUCUGUGAAGACGUCGAUUUGUCAUGUUACUUUUAUCCUGAAAUACCUGACAGUUAUCUCCAUUUUGCUGAUUUCAGUAGCAGGUUUGCUCUACAGGACAUCUAGACUGUAGCCUGCAAUGCUAAACUGUGUUUGCGUUUUAGAAUUGAAACUGUUAAAAAUUCACAUAUGCCUUUUUCUGACAAUUUUUCACUGUGCAUCACCUGAACAUCAUCACAGAAUCUACUGAAAUGUGUUUCUCCAGGAUAGACUAUCUAGAAUAUUUACUGCACCUCUUCAAUGUGCGACAAUGACAUAUAAAUUGCGUCCUUUGCCCAUUGAAAAUACAUGAUAAUUAUGACUGAUUGGCUGAUGCAACUGGAUACAAAGCUUAAGAAAAAUUGUUUUCCUCAAACGUGUGCAAGAGCCACUGGAUUAUCUUGCUGCUUUUGCUACUUGGAAACUCUGAUGUACCAAAGCAUUUCUUUUUGUCUCAAAGUUAUCCCCUUCAAGAUGCAUAUUGCAUCAUGUAUAUAUAAAUAAAAUAAACAUAUUUUCCUUGG